CAGCCGCGGUGCAUGCCGGGAUACAUGGCGCUCUUGUUUACAAGAUGACAGAGGAGGAAAUUUGUCUCUGACUCAGCGAACAAAACGUGUCUGCGCCUCCCUUCGUCGUCACUCUCCGGCCUGGUUUUGUUGCGUUUAAAUACAUGUGAAGUGUUUGUGUUCGGGCGGAGCGACGUAAAGCGGCGCAGCUCGGAGUGACUCCAGAGAUUUUUUUGCAGUGUCACUGACAGACAGACGGAGAGACAGACAGACAGACAGACAGGACGAUCCUUCAGCUCUCAGAGGACUGUCCACCGGCCUGCAGAACGGCAUCUGAAUCCAGCCGAAUGAACAGAGCGACUGCAAAGCAUCUAAUUGAGCGCUACUUUCGGCAGUUAACUGAAGGCUGUGGAAAUGGCAACUGCACGAAUGAGUUUUGCGCAUCAUGUCGCGAUUUUCGACCUUUGGAUAGCAACUCAGCAGCUGCCAAAGCACUUGAGCUGUUUAAGAUUAACGCCAAACUCUGUGAUUAUUACCCCUCCUUCAAGUCCAGCGCAGACGGAAACUCUCUGCUGGACAGUACGAUGAGCGAUAAAGACACCAAUGACGACUUCUCAGACGUCCAUUACCUCACUGAGAACAACAUCUGUAUGAUCCUGAAUUUCUGUGAGGAGGAAGGGGAUUAUUCUGCUCUCGUCCGUGUCAUCGGCAGGGUUUUCUCCAACGCUGAAGCCCUGAUGAAGAGUUUCAAGAAGGAUGAACCAAAUGCCACUGAAAACUCUUGCAAACCAACAGAUGUGGAGAAACAGAAUGAUCAAACCUUGGAGAAGAUGGGUGCCGCCUCUGCAGCAACUUUGCCAGAUGAUGCGUUGAGUGAUGCGUUAAGCACCUGUGAAGUUGCAGUGGACAUCCAGGCUGUGAGGAGAGUCUACGACAGACUCCUAUCCAUCGACCAGGUGGAGGCCUCCCUUGUAAAUGCGCUCAUUUACCUCACUCCAAAUGUGGAACUUGACCUGGAAUAUCUUGACGUGUAUGAGGCAAACCCAGAUUACCUGAAUAUCUUCAUCAUCGUCAUGGAGAACAGUAACCUGCACAGCCCGGAGUAUCUCGAAGUGGCGUUACCGCAGUUCUGCAAGGCAAUGAGCAAACUGCCAGUAACUGCGCUCGCCAGGCUGUCGAAGCUCUGGUCGAUGUACGGCCUCCCGCACAUCCGCCGUAUGAUGGAAACCUUCCAGCAGCUCAUCACAUUCACAGUUGUCAGCAAUGAAUACGAUGCCGAAAACCUGGUAAAUGAUGACGAGACCGUGGUGGCUGCGACCCAGUGUUUGAAGAUCGUCUUCUAUGCAAGUAUCCUGGCAGGUGAUGUGGAUGUAGAGCACAACGAGGAGGACGAGGAAGACACGGAUUCUGAUGAGUUAACGCUGCAUGAGUUGCUGGGUGAGGAGCGGCUCUAUAAGAAGGGCCCUCGGGUCGACCCUCUAGAGAAGGAACUGGGCAUCCGAACUGUAGAUAGUAUACACCCCGUCAUCCCCUUUGAGGACUUUGUCAAUGAGUCACUGAAUGAUGUGGUCGAGAUGGACAAAGAUUUCACCUUCUUCAAGGUCAACGCCGAAACUAAAUUUUCUUUCCAGAGCUGCCCAUUCAUCCUCAGCGUCAUCACCAAGAACCAAGGGCUUUACUAUGACAACAGGAUCAGGAUGUACAGCGAGCGGCGCCUCACAGCCCUCUACAGUAUGGUGCAGGGGCAGCAGCCAAACCCAUAUCUGAAGCUCAAAGUUCGCAGAGACCACAUCAUUGACGACGCACUCGUCAGACUGGAGAUGAUUUCCAUGGAGAACCCAUCAGACCUGAAGAAGCAGCUGUUUGUUGAGUUUGAAGGGGAGCAAGGUGUUGACGAAGGAGGAGUUUCAAAGGAGUUCUUUCAGUUGGUUUUGGAGGAAAUUUUCAACCCUGACAUAGGAAUGUUCACCUAUGAUGAUGAAACCAAGCUUUUCUGGUUCAAUUCAUCCUCGCUGGAGAACGAAGCACAGUACACUCUCAUUGGAAUUGUCCUGGGACUUGCUAUUUACAACAACUGCAUCCUCGACGUCCAUUUCCCGAUGGUUGUCUACAGGAAACUCAUGGGAAAAAAAGGGACCUACUUGGACCUGUCAGACUCACAUCCAGUUCUCUACCAAAGUCUGAAGGGACUUCUUGAAUAUACCGGCAAUGUGAAGGAAGACAUGAUGCUUACCUUCCAAAUAUCACAUACAGACCUUUUUGGAAACCCUGUAUUGUAUGACUUGAAGGAUCAGGGAGACCAGAUCCCUGUUACUAUUGAGAACAGACAGGAGUUUGUGGAUCUGUAUGUUGACUACAUCCUGAACACCAGCGUGGAGAGACAAUUCAGAGCCUUCAAAAAAGGUUUCCUAAUGGUCACGAAUGAGUCCCCGCUGAAAUAUUUGUUCAGACCAGAGGAAGUAGAGCUGCUUAUCUGUGGAAGCAGGAAACUUGACUUUGAAGCACUUGAAAAGACAACAGAAUACGAUGGUGGUUAUAGCAAAGACAGUCAAAUUAUCAAAGACUUCUGGGAAACUAUUCACUCGUUUGGAGAGGAGCAGAAGAGGUUUUUUCUUCAGUUUACCACUGGUACAGACAGAGCACCGGUUGGAGGGCUCGGAAAAUUAAAGAUGAUCAUCGCCAAGAACGGCUCUGACACAGACAGACUACCAACCUCUCACACCUGCUUUAACGCACUGCUGCUCCCUGAAUACUCCACCAAGGAGAAACUCAGGGAGAGACUCCUCAAGGCCAUCACUUACGCCAAAGGCUUUGGGAUGCUGUGACAGAUCCAAAGGAAAGUUUUCAGACUGCAUUUGAACAACAAAAAAAGGGAGUAUCACAAAAACACAUAGGGAAACGCCAUGAACAAACAAAAUGCUGCAAUAACUUUGUGCCUAACCAAACUCCUGCAGCCAUCAUUGGCCUUUCACGCUGAGGCCUCACUUCCAUUUAGAGCCACUUUCAUUUACAUUAGAUUCCCCAAAGAAUUUCAAACUUCACUUAAAUUGUGUUUUUUUUUUCACGUGUGUUUUGUUUUCUGAGCAGACAUAAAUAAUGUUUGGUUUGUGAAACUGUGAAAGUGCACUUAUACACAGCACAUACAGUAUAUUUAUUUAGUUGGACUUUUCUCAUGUGUUUGCAGUCUUGAAAAUGUAGCAGUAUUCAGUCCUCAGGCUCUUUUCUCACUAGAGUGCGCUGCUCAUAAUGGUGCUCUUUGGCUACGGUUGUCAUUGUAUUAUGUUAAGGUGAAGGCUUUUAUAUUACUGCUAAUCCAAAUACCCUAAAGCGUGUAUUUAAAGUAUUUCCUGUGAGUGUGACAACAAACUGUCCGCUGACACUGAGUUGAUUUUAUGGUUGUAUUCUAACAGUUUUGAUUUUGUCGUGCCUCUUGUAUUGCAUAUGAAAUGAAUAGUGUUUGUUGUGUGAAUUGCUCACAGGGUUUCAGAUGUAGUCACUGGCUGGUCGGUUCAGACUUUCACAUCCUGAAAAAAAUAUUUCUCUUCUCUUGGCUUAUUUGCUAAGAGGUUUUGAUCGCACACUUAUAAGUGCAGUCGCCAAAUGUGCAAUGCCUAUAUGAAGAAAAAAGUCACAUGAAAUGUUUUAUUUGGCCAAAUAUCUCAGGUACAUAACGAAUGUGCAGAUAAUGUGAAACUCUUCUGUAAAUCUACUAUUAUGCAAAAUAAAAGAACGGUAAUCUACAA